CUCCGCCCCCUCCGUCUGAUCACAUGACCACCGGCGCCCUCGCGCUCCACUUCCUCAAACACCUCAGUCUCCGGAGGGCAGGGUUUUGGGUCUAGGGUGUCCCGACGCGUCCCGCGUGCUCGAAUGUCCGGUCCGGGGAGAAGAGCCGGAGCGGCGCGCGGAGCCCGGCGGGGGGGCGUCGCGCUCCUCGCGCUGCUCGCGCUGCUCACCUGCUGCGCCAGGUGUGCCGCAUUGCCGAGCAACGUCAUCCUCAUCCUCGCGGACGACCAGGACGUGCAGCUGGGGGGGAUGACCCCCAUGAAGAAAACCAAAGCCUUGAUCGGCGACGCGGGGGCAGUAUUUGUGAAUGCUUUCACGGUGACCCCGCUGUGCUGCCCCAGCAGGAGCAGCGUCCUGACGGGCCAGUACCCCCACAACCACCAGGUGAGGAACAACUCGCUGGCGGGGAGCUGCUCCAGCGCUCGCUGGCAGAAGGGCCCCGAGGCCUCGGCCUUCCCCGUCCACCUCAGCAAGCAGAAGUACCAGACCUUCUUCGCCGGGAAGUACCUGAACCAGUACGGCAGGAAGGAGGCGGGAGACGUUGGCCACGUUCCACCGGGCUGGGACCAGUGGCACGCACUGGUGGGAAACUCUCGGUACUUGAACUACACGCUGUCGGUGAACGGCGUGGAGGAGAAGCACGGAGACCGCUACGAGUCGGACUACCUGACCGACCUCAUCGCCAACCGGUCGCUCCGCUUCCUGGAGGACCGGAGCCCCCGGCGUCCCUUCUUCCUCCUGCUGUGUCCUCCGGCUCCUCACUCCCCCUGGACGCCGGCGCCGAAGUACCAGAAGCAGUUCGCCGACGUCAAAGCGCCCCGAGGCGGAAGCUUCGACAAACCGGGGAAGGACAAACACUGGCUGCUGCGUCAGCCCGAGAACCCGAUGGCGCUCAGCUCGCUCGCCUUCCUGGACAGCGCGUACCGGAAAAGGUGGCAGACGCUGCUGUCGCUGGACGACCUGGUGGAGUCGCUGGUCAACAAGCUGGAGAGCAUCAAAGAGCUCAACAACACCUACAUCUUCUACACCUCGGACAACGGCUACCACACAGGUCAGUUCUCGCUGCCCAUCGACAAGAGGCAGCUCUACGAAUUUGACAUCCGGGUCCCGCUGAUGGUCCGCGGCCCGGGAAUCAAACCCCAGCAGACGCUGCAGGCGCCGGUGCUGAACAUCGACCUGGCCCCCACCAUUCUGGACAUCUCUGGGACCGACCUGUCUUCAGUGGACGUGGACGGACAGUCUUUCCUCUCUCAGAUGGCCCCCUCCCUGCGUAACGGGACCACCCGUCCCUUCUUCCUGGUGGAGUACAACGGAGAGGGACAUCCAACCACCGACCCCGCCUGCCCCACACUGGGCCCGGGACUCUCUCAAUGUUUCCCAGACUGCGUCUGUGAAGACGCCUUCAACAACACGUACGCCUGCGUCCGCACGCUGGACCCACAGAACGACCUCCAGUACUGCGAGUUCGCCGACAGCGAGUCCUUCGUUGAAGUGUACAACCUGACGUCGGACCCCCACCAGCUGGAGAACAUCGUGAAGCAGGUGGAUCCGGCCGUCCUGCAGUCGAUGAACCAGCGGCUCAUAAAGCUUCAGUCCUGUCAGGGCGACAGUUGCCGUGACAACAAGUAACGGCGCCAUGAGGCGGUUGGUCUCUUUUGGUCGACGACCACUUCGUUAGACGUGACUUUUUUUAUGAGCGUCUGAGCUUCUGAACAUGUUUCUCAACUGAAAACAACCAAAGAUGUUUUUUCUUUUUCAUUGUAUUGAUCAUUCACUCUUGUUGGAUCAGAAGACGAUUCCACUGACGUCUGUCUGGUCAGUAUGAAGCGCUCACCAGGGGCUAAUUAGCUUAGCAUUAUAAAUUGUCAUGAAAUACCAGCCCAGCGCCGUACAAAAGUAAACGUAAAGCUCUUUGAUAGUAGAAUUUAUGUUUUGAUGCUUAAUUCGAGUCUUUGUGUGUCGGUACGAAACCUCAACCUGCUGCUUUUUGACGUAACGGUUUUUGAAACAUAGAAAGUUUUAAUCCGAUGUCUUUAGGCGACAUUUUGUCACCUUUGGACGGAACGAGGCGAGCAAUUUCUUCCUGUUUGGGGUCUUUAUGCUAAGCUAAGCUAACCUGGUCCAACCAUCUCCUUCACCUGAACCUCAGUGGAGUUUGACCUCAUUCUUUAAUGUUUUUUUUUUUUAUAGGACAUUGUCUGUUUGUCCAGUUGUUGCUCCUCAGAUUUAAACAUUUUGAAAGACAAUUUUUAAUCCUCAUGUUAUAUAUUUUACACGAGUAUUAAUGAGGACGUUUGUGAAGAGCCUUUUGUAAAGUGCUGUCACACUUUUUUGUGACGAUUUUUCUGUGAUGAAUCCAUCGAGUUUCAUUUGAAGCAAACUCUUUGAUCUUUGAGCCGACGAGGCCUUUAAAUGUGAAUCUUUCUGCACUGUGACGAACGUUAAAUAAAUAACACACUAUAAAUUAGCUGGAAAAAUCCACAAGGACAUCAUUAAGUUAAUUAUUACUAUAUUAACAGUGUACAUUAACAAUACAGCAUCUCUGAUUUUAAUGAUUUUAAAGUAGGUGGAAGGACCCAAAAAGGUUUAUUUGAACAAGAAAAUAAAAUCCCAUCUGCGAGUCCGUUGUUUAAGAUCCUGAAGGUUCUUGACCUGCAUUUAAAAAAUAUAUAAAUGUUUGAAAUCUAUCUGGUUCAACUGGUAAUUACACUUGACUCUGACUUCAUUAUUUACGUUUCUUUAAUGAAUAAAACAAUUAUUCUUUCUUCACUUGCAAA